AACAGAACAAAAUUUUGUUGCUCAUAUAUUCAGGACGAAAAGUCAGCAAAUUUGUCUUAUUUACUAUGUUUUCAACAGAAAUUCUCAUUUCUUUGAACUAAAACAUAACAAAAAUACAGUCUUUUCAAUAAUUCUCAACGGAAAAAAAUGGCUAAAACCAUGCAUUUCUCUUCAUUACCAAGAUGUAAUUCAUCAUCAAGAACAAACCCAUUUCAACAUUCAAUCUUAUAUCAAAAUCUUGCAACAAAUUCAAGCUGUAAAACACUUUCUUGGCCUAGAAAAUUUCUGGGUUCUCAUUUUCCCGGGAAAAUUCAUGUGCUUGGAGGGGAAAUUAAGGUUCUUGAUUCAUGGAGUGGAGAAGGGUCGUUGCAAGAAGUGGAUGAUUCGCCUGUUUCAAUUGAAUUAAUGCCCAUUUGUAAUGAGACUCAAUUUGAUCGGAUUGUAGCUGAGGCCCAGCAACUUGAUGAAUCUGUUGUUGUUGUUUGGAUGGCGAGUUGGUGCAGAAAAUGUAUAUAUUUGAAACCAAAGUUGGAAAAGUUGGCUGCUGACUACUAUCCAAGAUUGAGGUUCUACUGUGUUGAUGUCAAUAACGUUCCACACAAGCUGGUUGCUUAUGCUGGAAUCACUAAAAUGCCUACUGUACAGUUGUGGAAGGAUGGCAAGAAACAGUCCGAGGUGAUUGGCGGUCACAAAGCACAUUUCGUCAUUAAUGAAGUUCGUGAAAUGAUUGAAAACGAAAGCACUUUGUGAAGUAUGUUUAGUCUAGCAUUAUGUUUCUCUUAUCCAGGAGGAAAUUAAUUUUCUUCUCUUUUUGCCGGAAAAAUAUACUCGGAAAAUUAUAGUCGCAACGGAAUGAAUGAAGCUUUGGCUUAUGUACAAAAUAUAUUCUACCUAAGUAUACUAUGUUUUUCUUUGCUCGCUUCA